CAGAAACACGAAGUUUGCAGCCGACAGAUGGAACAAUCUUUUUGUAGAGCUUUCGCUCUUGAUAAAGUCUAAAUACGCGUUAUCUUCAGAUGUGACAUGAUCUAACAAAGCAGUUAUUAUAAUAUAGAGGGACUUAGAAACCAGCAGUAGGAUAGAAGGCCAAAAGUUAAUAAAUAAAAGCGUAAAGAACGCGGCAGAUAGGUCGUUAAGAAUGCUAGAGAGUAGCAGUUUAGAAGGCAACAGCAACAAUAAAGAUGCAAAUGGUAACGACGAUGGAGCCAACAUGGACAAAGAAGAAGAAGCUGAUAGCGAAGAAGAAACCGAGCCAGUUGUUGAUCAGCUUUAUAAGCUGUAUUUUAAAAAAUUUAACAAGCAAGAAUUUGAUGAUGAGGAGAACACCUUUUUGAAGCAGAUGGUGAAGAGGAAAUCGUGUAUCAAGGGCAAAGUACUUGGAUUGGCAUCGAAGUUGUUAUUAAAGAAAAAUACAGACGUUCAAGAUGAUAUGAUGUUGAAGUAA